AUGCCAACACCUGAAGAUGUUCCAAUGGACGAUCAUGAAAAUGUAGAAGUUGCUGAGAAAUCGAAUGAGCAGUCCAACGGCCAAAGUUCGCCGACCCGUGAGGAUCUGCAGAAACUUCUUCAGCGAGUGGAAAGAGCUUCUUUAAAGGAAAACGAAUCUUGGUUCUUGAUCAGCCAAAAAUGGUGGAACGCCUUCGUUAAAUCAGUUCGAGAUGGAUUUAUCGAAGAUGCCGGACCUAUCGAUAAUUCGCAAAUAUCUGAAUGUCGCCAAGGAGUGUUUUACCUGAAACAGAGGCUUGCCGAGCAAAUAGACUACACCACCAUUCCGGAGGAUUGUUUCAAAGAACUUGUUCGUUACUUCGGCGUAGACGAUGAACGUCGUGAUUAUAUCGAGCGUCAGGUUAUCAAGAAGAACAACAGCUUAUCUGUCGAUGUGUAUCCCCGAAUCAUUUACAUUGCGCUGGCGAGAAACAGAGCUAUGAAAGUUGAACUGAUUCUGAAACCGGAGGAUACCAUGGUGACGCUUCGAGAUCGAGUGAUUCAAGAACUUAACCUCAACGAAAGCGACAGUAUCAGAUUUUACGUCAUGAAUGAUGAGAAUCCUGAGCUCAUUGACACUACCCAAUCCAUUGACAGUUAUUUUGAUACUGUUCAAAAGGUGCUGGUCGACGUUGAAGAGAACGGAGAGUUCUUUUUCAAGAAUAAAAACCCUACGCAACCACAGUCGAAAUCCUUAUUUGGAAACCAAUCUUCCUCAGACUUGGAUUCUGAGAUCGAACUGGAUGAUGAUGAUGAAUUCACUAUUCGACUGCCCAAACCGAAAUCAAAUAAUCGCCGUCGCCAGUUCUCAACCUCCACCGUCUCAUCAGCCACUUCCCGAGUCCUAAUGCCGUUUCUGGCGCUAUGGCUUGGUUUUCGCGAACUCUGGUGGGGGUUCAGCCAAAUAUGGCCAAAUGGAUUACGACAAAUGGUUGCCCUUGUGUUUGGAUGGUCUAUUUUUCAACCGCCUAACUAUGCCGCAAGACUUGGUGGAAAUGGAAACGGUGCAUCAAACUCGUAUUCAUAUUCUUCUAGCAGCGCCCACCGUACUACCCCUGGUGCUUGUGGAUUGUCAAAUCUCGGAAAUACAUGUUUCAUGGCAUCUGCACUCCAAUGUUUGAGCAAUGUGCCUCCUCUGCGUGAUUAUUUCCUUAACAAUAAAUACACUGAGGAUAUUAACGAUGAGAAUCCGCUGGGGACGAGGGGAAAUCUGGCUUUGGUAAGAGGAGGAAAACGUUUCGUGCUCAGAACAUCAAAUAUUUUUCAGGCUGUCGGAGAGCUGAUGAAGGGAAUGUGGAGUGGUGAAUACUCUUCCAUAAAUCCUCGUAAAUUCAAAGGAAUCAUUGGACAGUUUGCUCCACGAUUCAACGGUUACACGCAGCAAGACGCACACGAGCUGAUGGCCUACAUGCUUGAUGGCCUUCACGAAGACUUGAAUCGUGUGAAACAGAAGCCUUAUAUCCAAGAUAAUGACGAGGAUCAAAAGCUUCCAGAGGCUGAGUAUGCUGCCAAAUCAUGGCACUCGUAUAAACUACGAAACGAUUCUAUCAUCGUUGACCUUAUGCACGGCCAGCUCAGAUCGACAUUGGUUUGUCCGGUUUGCGAUACCGUCUCGAUCAAAUUCGAUCCGUUUGGAUACAUUUCCCUACCUCUUCCCGCCAAAGAACAAAUAGUGAGGCAGACGGUUAUCGUCAUGUUUCUGGAACGAAAAUGGGCCAAGUUCUCGUUGGGAAUAACAGAUACUACGACUGUCGAAGACGCCGAGAGAUUGAUGCUGGAAAAAUUACAACCAGAGAAGAAGCAUCAUUUUGUCUUCUUCCAUGUUCCCAGCCAAUAUCAUGAUGAUAUUACCGUUCUCAGGCCAAGUGAUAAGGUCAGAGUUCCAGGUCGGGAGGUUUAUGUAGCGGAAGUUGAGCAUGAUCUGUCGGUGAAAGGAACACGUAUUUUCGUUGCAUACAACCGUAUCAAACUGCUUCGCCCCGCCUCUUUGCCAAUGAUCUAUUCUCUUCCACCAGGCGACGUAUUGACACGUGGAUUUUUGAAUGACCAUGUUUUCGCAACAACGAAAAAGUUCUUCAUUAACCAGAAGAUCUCUGUGGAUGUGGCUGCAAAUUCAAAUGAUGAGGAUUCGAUGAAUGGCAGUAACUCAGCUGACGAGCGUGAGCCAUACAAACUUUUUGCCGGACCACCAGGUACACAAACUCCUCUUCCGAUUCCUCCAACCGACGAACCAAUCGCGUUUCCUAACGAAAAUUCGCAUGACGUCUAUCAUAAUUUCUUGCAAAUCAGCUUCCAAUGGAAAGAUUCAAAACUGUUCAACAACUACAAAGGGUUGGAUUUGAUAGAACGCGAGAUGACCGUUUCCACUCGUAGAAAAGUCUUUCUCGAAGAAACUCUGGAUUGGUACACGAAGAAAGAGCAAUUAGGAGAGCAGGAUUCGUGGUACUGUCCAAAGUGUAAAAAACACGAAAGAGCAACGAAGCAAUUGGAUAUGUGGAAAUUGCCUGAGAUUCUUGUGCUGCAUCUGAAGAGAUUCCAAUAUACCAAGUGGUCUCGCGAGAAGCUGACAUGGGAGGUCGUCAUUCCUGUGCGGGGACUCGAUUUGACCAAUAAAAUUGUUAAUCCAAACCACGAGAAAGCAAUUUAUGACUUAAUCGCCGUAUCUCGUCAUUAUGGAUCGAUGAGCGGAGGACAUUAUACAGCCGCAGCGUUCAAUGAUCAUGCACAAAAAUGGUAUGACUUCAACGACUCGAGUGCUAGUGCUACUUACCCACCAACUGAUCCAUACGAGUCGUCUGACCCUUACAUACUCGUCUACAGACGACGGCCGUUAGAUUCCAGAGGAGAACCUCUUGAGCCUGAGACAACUGCUAUUGCAUCCCAAGCUCGCCCGAAACGAGGAGCCGCUCCAUCCAUUUCAUCAGCUACGACAUCGUCAGCUUCUUCAUCUCGCCAUCAAGUUGAUGAAAAUAUGGAGAUGGAGGAAGAUUGA